AUUUCGGAAAAUCUUUUUUUUUAAAUUUCCAGUCACAUAGUGAAAAUUCAUUUUCUUUCUUCUUCCCCCUCCUGAAAUUCCUUAAUUCCCUUUCCGGUCCUUCUCCUGGAACAAACGGCUCAUUCAUCCAAACGACCGCAGACUCAAACCGCUCUGUAAUGGACGUUUAGUGCACAACAUAUAGGUUUAAAAGUCAGGACCUCGCGACCUAUGUAGUGCACCAGUAGGGCGCCAUUUUGAAUUCAUUUUAAUUUCUGAAGUAAUAUAAACAGCCACUCGCGGUGUUUAAAAAACGACCCGAGUAACAAUUUAAGAAUAUUUAUCUGAUUGUGUGAAUGAUUAUGAUUAAAAAAAAUAAUUAUUUAUGAUGAUCUUAAAACAGUCAAAGAAACGAUAAACUGUGUGAACUACAAACUAACUCAUUAAACACGUAAAUACUAACCGGCUAAUCAAUGUUACAAAUGCAUAAGGUUCACGAGCUAAUUAUUGGUCGCGCACUAAACGGACAUGUAGUGCGCUGCGUAUGGGCCGGAAACUGUCGUGUGACACAGGCGUACGAAGGGUGCGCAGGAAGGGAAGUAGGGAGUGAUUUGGGACGCGGACAACGUCCUGCUCACUCCGAGCUCGAGAUGUGGACUGUAACGUGGAGUGUUUGGGUUCCGUUAGUUUUCGGCUCGGUGUUUGGUGAAAGACAACGAAGGCCGGUGUUCACGUGCGGUGGAAACAUUACUGGAACUUUGGGUCUCGUUGGGAGUCAGGGUUACCCCGGAGUUUACCCCCCUAACACCAAAUGCGUUUGGAGAAUCACGGUGCCUCAGGGCAAAGUGGUGUCCCUCACUUUCCGUUCCCUCGACCUAGAGAACGACGGACUUUGCCGCUACGACUACGUGGAUGUGUACGACGGAUUCGUUAACAGCCAGCGGCUCGGGCGCUUCUGUGGCACCGCCCUGCCCAGAGCACUGAUCUCCAAUCGCAACAGGAUGCAAGUAGUGAUGGUUUCGGAUGCCAACACGGCCGGGAGCGGCUUCCUUGCCGGAUACGUCGCUGUUCGGCCGAAUGCAAGGGGGGAGCGGUAUUGCGGCGGACUCUUGAACAAACCUUCGGGAACCUUCACGACCCCAAACUGGCCGGAGAGAGACUAUCCUGCAGGUGUGACAUGCUCGUGGCAUAUUAUAGCACCUGAGCACCAGAUAAUCGAGCUGAAGUUCGAGAAGUUUGACGUGGAGCGGGAUAACUACUGCCGCUAUGAUCAUGUGCUCAUUCACAACGGCGUGGAAACAAGCGACAAGACCAGGAUCGGGAAGUUCUGCGGCGACAGCCCUCCUGCGCCGAUCUACUCUGACGGCAGUCACCUCUUCAUCCAGUUCGUCUCUGACCUGAGCCUCACUGCCGACGGCUUCAUCUGCCAUUACACGUUCAAGCCAAAGAGCUCCACCAUCGCAGGCUCCACCGUUCAUGUUACUGCAGCUGCUGUUUCCACCACUGCAGGGCCCAUAGUGCUGGAGUAUUCUGAAGCUCUCUGCAAGCAGAAGUGCAAGAGAACCGGAACAAUCGAAAGUCAUUACUGCUUAAGCAACUUUGUGCUGACGGGAACACUCGUCUCAGCUGCCAUGAGGGAACUGAGUGUGCUCGCCACCUUCUCCAUCACCAACGUGUACAAGGAAGGAAACCUGUCCAUCCAGCAGGCCGGGAAGAGCAUGAGCACUAAAGUCUUAAUCCUGUGUAAGAAAUGCCCUUUAGUCAGGAGAGGUCUGAACUACAUCGUCAUGGGUCACGUCGACGAGCAGGGACAAGGCGUCGUUUCACCUCAGAACUUUGUGAUGGCCUUCAAGACUAAGAAGCAGAGGGACCUGGCUGUGUUGAGUAAUGCCCGCUGCUGAUGGUAGGCGAUGGCCAUGUUAGAUUUGUAGGCUCAUCAGGUCACCCUCUGGAUCUGUGCACGCCAAACUGGGAGUCAUCACAGUAACAUAUUUUCAAGAGCAUAAGCCUGGUUCGAGAGGUAAUCGGUAUAUGUAUGUUGAUUCAUUGUAGAUGUCGCGUUUGUUCAGUAGUUCCAUAUUUAGUUCCUUUUUAGGCUGUUUUUCACACUGUAUUGAACAUUUACAUAGAAAGGCUACGCCUAUUCAUUAGUAUUAACAAUUAUUUAUAUAUAUUUUCUUUUAUUCUGAGCUGUAAACCUACAGGCUUCAAACCGCUCAACGGGGAAGUAUCAGUACUACAUAGCAAAUGCACAUUUGACCAUUAGUAUCUACGUUUUGUGUAUCAAGUGAAUAAUUGAAAUGUUUCUGCGAAUGUUUUCGAAUUAAUUUUCAUUUGUACAAGCUAGCAGUUGGACCUGAGGAUCUCAGAAUUCUUCAUGCCAGUGACCAGAAGCAAACUUGCUAAAUGCUUAAAUUGUAUCAUGGUCCUUUUGGAAAAAAGCAUCUGACUAAAUAAAUAAAUGUGAAUGUAAUGGAUCCAAACUCAAUAGUGGAAAACUGCCGCUUGUGGCUAAGAUCAAUAGUUAAAUGAAUGAUUGCUUUUUUUUUUUUUUUUUGACAAAGAAAGAACUACUACAGAGUGGGAGGGUGAAAUAAUUUUCUUUCUAAAAAGGUCGAAAAAGCUUCCAGAAUAAUUAUACUGUGUUGUAUUUAGUUGAAUCAGGCAUGUAAGUGGAUGUACUUAUCUUGGUUCCAAUGAUACUGCAUUUUGGAAACAACGUGUGCGGUCCGUUUCUCAGAGGAUUUCCAAAAGCUUCCAAGUAUGCAGAAGUGCAGCGUACAGCCUUUUUCCUUCCUCCUCAUGUCUAGACUUUUUUCUGUUUUGCAAAACGUUUUAUAUUCAGUCCUCCACUCUGAGGUGUUUGGGCUAAAUGAAUAAUUAAAAUUGUAAUAAAAGUUUAAACGCG